ACGACGCGGUGGGAGGGACGCAGAAGCGGGCAGUUGGCUAAGUGGUCGCCAUGUCAGCGGGAAGCGGACGAAGAAGCAAAUGGGACCAGCCAGGCCCCCCCAGCACCACACUCCUCCUCCCCGGCGUCCUGCCCGCCAUUGUCCCCUUUACUGCUGGCGCCUUCCUCAGCCCACCCGAAAUGCCACCUGUAACUGCCACAUGUGAGUCCGUCAGCGCUCCAUCUGGGGCCCUGGAUGCCGCAGCAGCCGUGGCAGCUAAAAUAAAUGCCAUGCUUAUGGCCAAGGGGAAGAUAAAGCCAACGCAGAAUGCCCCCGAAAAGGUUCAAGUACCCGGCAAAGCGCCCUCUGCAGCCAAAAGCAAAGAUGACCUGGUAGUGGCAGAAGUGGAGAUCAACGACGUACCCCUGACGUGCCGGAAUCUUCUUACAAGGGGGCAGACGCAGGAUGAGAUAAGUCGCAUGAGCGGCGCGGCGGUAUCGACACGGGGGCGCUACAUGACUGCAGAAGAGAAAGCCAAAAUAGGGCCUGGAGAUCGGCCUCUCUAUCUGCAUGUCCAGGGCCAGACACGGGAACUUGUUGAUCGAGCCGUGAACAGAAUCAAGGAAAUCAUCACCAACGGAGUGGUAAAAGCAGCCACCGGCUCCAGCCCGACCUUUAACGGAGCCACAGUAACCGUGUAUCACCAGCCGGCCCCCGUGGCGCCCGUUGCUCCUCCCAAACCUCAGUUCCAGUCAGGGAUGCAUUAUGUACAAGAUAAGCUGUUCGUGGGCCUGGAACACGCGGUGGCCACUUUCAAUGUGAAGGAGAAGGUGGAAGGCCCAGGGUGCUCGUAUCUCCAGCACAUUCAGCUGGAAACGGGGGCCAAGGUCUUCCUACGAGGCAAAGGGUCGGGUUGUAUUGAGCCAGCCUCGGGGAGGGAGGCCUUCGAGCCAAUGUAUAUUUAUAUCAGCCACCCAAAGCCAGAGGGACUAGCGGCUGCCAAGAAGCUCUGUGAGAAUCUCUUGCAAACAGUCCAUUCAGAAUACAAUAGGUUUGUCAACCAGAUCGCCACCACCGCACCUCUGACUGGUUACGCACAGCCGCCUCAGAUCGGUGCAGUGCCCAUGCAGCCGCAGUACUACCCUCCUAAUGGCUACCAGACUGGCUUUCCCGUGGUCCAACAACCUGCACCCCAGCCGGCUGUACAGGUUCCCUAUGUGGUUUCUACACCCAUUGGCAGCCCAGUGCCCCCACUGCCUGGAGUUGUACCUACCAUGGCAGCUCCGGUGCCUCCUGUUCCAGCUGUGCCAACCCGUUAUCCAAUCCCACAGGUGCAGCCGCCAGGUUCCACUGUUCCAGCUCAGCUGACUGCUCCGUAUAUGCCUGCACCCCAUGGUAAACAUGCCGCUGCCGUAGUGACACAGGCUCCGCUCCAAGGUCAGAAGCGACGCUUCACGGAAGAGCUUCCAGAGGAGAGGGACUCCGGGCUGCUGGGUUACCAGCAUGGACCCAUUCAUAUGACUAAUUUAGGUACAGGCUUCCCGGCCCAAAGCAAGGUGGAUGGAGCGACAAUCAAAUCGGACACCAUGGUCGUCAAAGAGCGAGAGAGGGACAGGCAGUUGAUGCCUCCGCCCGGUAUGCCAGUCUCUGCACAGAAGGAGCCGGAGGAAAAGUCAUCACCCGGGACCGUUGGGGUUGCAGAUGAUUAUCCAGUAAAAAAGCUGAAGAGCUCAGGUAAAACCUUCGGCUUGGUCGCUUACGCCGGGGACUCGUCCGACGAGGAGGAAGAUCAUGGUGUGCUAAAGAGCUCUGGUUCUUUAUCCCAAGGCUGGAAUGCAGGAUACCAGUACCCAGCUAGCCAGCAGCAGCAGCGCGCCAAGCCACAGAUGCCAUUCUGGAUGGCGCCGUAGGACUCUAUCAGAACCUCAUCCUCCCGGAACCGCCUGUAGCAAUAAUCCAGCAUGUACAUUACACAAGGGCCCUUUUUACUUUGCUGAUUUUUUUUUUUUUUAAACAACGGGACUUGGUAAAGUAACAGGAGUUUGUAUGGAAAGUGGGAUCCCUCGCCCCCUUUUAAUUACCCACAAUCCAACAGCCCCAGUGAGCCAGAGAUGGUUCCCAAGCAGAUCCUCCACUCUGGGGAAUGGUUUGGGCUCCUCCCACCACGACGUAGGCAGGCCAUCAAUAUUUUUUAUUUAUAGACUUUUAUUUAUACGUAGGAGUUCAGGAGUCUGUCUUCAUUGGAGGAGUGCCACCAAAGCACCGCCCCCUUGUGAGAUUAGGGGAGGAGACUAGCAAUGGUCAACUGCAACUCCCAGUGUCAUAGUGGUUACUUGGGAGUUGCAGUUUAACAUUUGGUCAGGGACAAACAGUACCACAAACAGCAGAUUUUCCUUUUAAUCUAAGCCAGAGAGCAAAUACUGUCCUCAGUUUGUUGCCACUAUGGCCUCUCUAUCAGGGCAAGGCUACAAAUCCUCAGCUAGAUACGUAUAGGCUGCCAGCAUUCUAUUUCUGAUAAAAGAAAGUUUUAGGCUACCAUGUUUUAUUAAGGUGCCAGCUCCAUGGGGGCACUCCCAGUGUAUAUACCCAGCAGUAUUCCCACCCGGUGGUGCAGUGUUUAAAGGGGAACUGACAUGAAGGCAAAAAUCUUCAUCUGCUCCAAAUAAAACGCUUCCACAUAAUGUAUUUAUUGUUACUCUUCGCUCUCCCCUUGCAGCAGUCGGUCGGCUUUGUGCCUGUGAAAGAAAACUUACCUGAGCGCAGGUAGUUGGCGCAAUGUAGCGGGGAUAGGGAAGAGUCGUUUGUUGUAUUAAGAUUUUCUGUCUUUUAUGAUACUUCCCCUUUAAAUGAAAUGGCAGCAGUUUAAUGUGGCUUCCAGUGAGGGGAAAAUCCCCAGUAUUCCAUUUAAUUUCCUAGAGCAGUAGGGCCCCCUAUAGAGACAAUACCAGCUUUAAGGCUUCUGUAUUUAGGAAACUAGCUCCGCCUUGUGUUCCUCUGCCUUCAGCUCUUGCACUAGCUCUGCCUGCAUUCAGCUCUCUAUGCAUCAAGCAACCCCCCCCCCCCCCCCGGCACAAACCAUUUGACCUGUUUAUCCCCCCAACAAGUUGAACUAUACCAGAUUCUGGGGUCCCACAGCAUCUGUGUCGCUUCUGUCGGCCAACACUGCUCCCUACUUCCCAAUGAGUAUUCUUUUUGCUGUAAAUAUUUCAGUUUUACUUUUAUUGUAAAUAAAUGAAUAAUUAUACAGCU